GAUUUCGGAUUCUGAGCGCGCUUCUUUUGUAUGUAUGGGUGUCAGUUGUGUUUCUUCUGUAAAGUCCUAGGAUGCCAAAGUCUCUCCGCUAUGAUUUGUGUGACGAUCGAUUAACUUCCCGUCAGUAUGAAUGUAGUAGUAAUUUAUACGAUGAAAGUUAUCAACUUCGAGAUGAAUAUUCAAGAAAACACAAAAAGCAUUCUCAUCGCUCGAAGGAACAUGGAAACCAUACAUCCAAAUAUUCUAGUCACAAACACAAAAGGACAGGUGACUGGUCACCUGAAAUCUCCCCUAAUGAUGCUCCUAAAAAGUUUGACGUCGUUUAUUUUUUUAAAAGAAAAUUUGUUUUAGAAAGAAAAAGCACAAGAGGCGUUCUCGCAGUCAUAGCAGUGGCAGAAAGGAUCGUGUUUCUAGGCACCACUCUCCGGAAUGUACGGAUAUCAGUUCCUUCAAGUUCCGAUCCAGUCUUAUGUCAGAGUUAUCAAAGCAUCACAACUUUAAGGAGAAAAUUCUAAAGGCUCAAAACGUUCAUGAGACUCAUGAGGUCAAAGACUUUCGCCCAGUAUCCUCCGAACGUGACUUGAAACAAUCAAAUGUGAAGUGUUUCGAAGCUCCUAAAUCUGAAUCCUCCCUAAUCCCAUUAGAGGAAAUAGCAUUACCACCAGAGCCAAGUAAAAAGCUGUCAAGCUCGGUUUCCUCAGUCAGCACACCACUGUCUAGGGAAACUGCUAUACGAGAGUCCAAUCCGGAUUCAAACGUAAAGGAUCCUCAUGGGAUAGAUUUGCCGCAAACGAACAAGCUACUAAAAACACACCAAUUACCUUUGCCUACGGAAAUUCUGUCUGAGGAUAAAAAACCGUCUAUUACGGAACUUCCGUUGCCUCCUGGCUUUGAUAGCACAAACAUAGACAUUAUCUUUCCUAAUAAGUCACCAAAGCAUUCCGUCCCUGGGUCGACUGUGAAACCUGCCGGCAGGCAAAGGAUAACUAAACGUCCCAAGAUUUGCGCACUUAGAAGCAAAAGUCGUAAUAACAAGACAUGGGGAGAGCGUUCUGUGACGGCUUUUGACACACUAAUUCAAGUUGGUGAAGGUACAUACGGUCAUGUCUAUAAAGCAAGAGAUAAAAUCACUGGUAAGUAUUUAUUUAUUUGUAAUAUUACGAUGUUUAUUUCAGGGGAAUACAAAGCAUUGAAAAAAGUUAGGCUAGAGAAUGAAAGGGAGGGAUUUCCCAUAACCGCUGUUCGAGAAAUAAAAAUACUUCGCCAACUCAGACAUCCUAACAUUGUUAACUUAUGCGAAAUCGUUACUGACAAGGAUGAUCCUACUGACUUUAAGAAAGAUAAAGGUAAUGCUUGUUGUUAUUCACUGUUUUACUUCCUACAAGGUGCUUUCUUCCUAGUUUUCGACUACAUGGAUCAUGAUCUUUAUGGUAUCUUAGAGUCUGGAUUGGUGGUUUUCAGUGAACAACAUAUCGCUUCUCUGAUGAAGCAGCUCUUGGAUGGCCUUAGUUUUUGUCAUGAUAGACAUUUUCUUCAUCGUGACAUAAAGUGUUCCAAUAUCCUAAUUAACAACAAAGGACAGCUGAAAUUAGCGGAUUUUGGACUGGCACGUUUAUAUAUCGCUGGAGAUAAAGAAAGACCAUACACGAAUAAAGUAAUAACCCUGUGGUAUCGCCCUCCAGAAUUACUCCUCGGUGAAGAAAGAUAUGGCCCAGCCGUUGACAUAUGGUCUUGCGGGUGCAUAUUAGGAGAAAUGUUCACUCGUCGACCAAUGUUUCAGGCUAGUGAAGAAGUCGAACAAUUAGAAGUCAUAUCACGAAUUUGUGGGUAUCCAGAUCCAGCUAUAUGGCCUAAUGUUGAAAAAUUACCUUUCUAUUCGACAAUAAAACCUAAAAAGAUGUACAGACGCAGACUCCGGGAAGAAUAUCACAUUGUUCCACCACAUGCUGUAGAUCUCCUCGAUCAUAUGCUUCAGUUGGAUCCCCAAAAGCGAUGUAGUGCACGCGAAGCGCUAGCUUCACCAUGGUUACGGAAUAUUGACCCUACAAAGAUUUCCCCUCCAAGAUUACCUGUUGACCAAGAUUGUCAUGAAAUGUGGAGCAAAAGAAGGCGACGCAUGUUGCGCCAGGAGCAGGAAGUAAAGGCUCAGAGAAUUAGCCAAGAAACAUCCUCUUCCAAGUUCCCAACUGUCACAUCUCGUACUUCCAUAGUAGAUGCUAAUUCUGUUUCAAAUGGACCAUCUCGAAACCAAGUAUAUUCAACAAGCAGUAGGUCUGGAUCAUUCAAACAAAGCAUUCCAAACAAACUUGGUAGUGACGGAUUUCCAGAUAGUAGUUUCAACAUGACACAACUUCGCCAUUCUCAAUUUUCUACUAAUCCCAUAGAUUCCACUACUAGUCUUAAGAAUCAGCUACGAGACUUAUUGGCAGAUUUCGCAGAUUCUGGAAUAGAUCGUUUCAAAGAAUCUAUCACUGAAGCACUGAAAGCAAAUCCUAAUUUAUUAAAAGGAAUGCAAGAAUUACUUGGUCCUAGUGAUCCAAGUGAAAAUGCCUCAGCUGUUCUUGCGUAUAUUUUAUCUUUGUUGGCAGAUUUAAGUAGUCAGAGCUCAACUGCUAUGGAAAUGAGUGAUGCAAGUAUCCAAACGGCAUCUUCACAGAUCCAUCCUCAACAUUUGCCACGUGAUUCAAAUAAUCAACUAACCUAGUAUUGCUGCUACUGCCGCCACUACAGCUCUUUCCAAGGAUUCUAGUAUUUUCUGAUGUGGAAGUUCAACUAUUGUGUGCAUUAUACAUAUAUUUCAAUUUUGUUGUAUCUAAGCUGUAAAAAAUGAAAUGCUUUAUUGUUUUUGUCCUGUUUAUUUAAAUGAUGUGCUAUUUUUAGACAGAUAAUGUAGAUAUAAAAACAGACACUUGUGAUAGACAUUAUUCGAAACUUAAUUUUAUACUGAUAAAUUUUCGGCCCCAAAAUACAUGUUAUUACUUG